AUGUUAAGUGUCAGCGCAUUGAGCCUUUUUAGCCUUUUGGGUCUAGUAAGGGGCUACAGCUACAACCUGCCGCAGCAGCCGCUGAUGAGGAACAUCAUUAAGGUGAGGGCCAGCGGCUUCAUGCCCUUCGAAUCGGAUUUACUGCUGCCGCUGGGUAUUCUUCGGCAGCUACAGGCCACAGAUCGCGCCUCGCGCUUCAUCGGCCACCAUCCCAAAAGCAAACCGCAACCCAAGCCCAAGAAGCCGCAGCAGGUGCGCCUGGAACUGGCCCACCCUAGGGGUGGCAAGAACCAGCAUCCCGGCACCCAGAUAUACAAUCUAAUCGACGACGAUGGCGAGCUGCUGCUCAAUAUGAGAGUCCACAAUUACCAGCAGCAGGUCAGCGCCCAGAGCAACCUCCCUGGGAGUCAUCAAUCAAUCAUUCCGGGCAACUUCCCGCUGGAGGAUUCAUCUCCCUUUGACACGCCCUGGCUGCCAUCCAAUUGGCGGCCAACAACAUCCAGUAGCCUGCAGCUUGGGGUCACCUCAUCCUCGCCACGGCCACUGCCUCUGCACCAGUAUCUGCGAGGCAGCGCCAGCAGCGGGAAUCGCCUGGAGCAGGACACGGCCAAGCGACGACGUUACGAUUGGCACCACAAGUGA